CAAACAAAGCUUAGAUUUUUUUCCAGAAACAUGGCUAAAGCUAGCGAGGACUGUAAAUACGCGUUGGCACGGCUGCAGGUAGAACUGGAAAAGGAGAGGGGGAUGAAAGAAAUGCUUGAAGAGUCAGUGUCUGAUCUGCGGAGUACCAUGAGUGAACUCCAAGAAAGACUGCACAGUGUUGAUGGGGAAGGAAAUGAGUGGAGGACAAGGUAUGAGACACAGGUAGAGCUAAAUGGGCAGCUGGAACGGCAGAUCUCACUCAUCCGUGAGAGACUGGAAGACAUAAGAGGAAACCCUGUGGACCGACUGGCUUCUAUUCGGUCGUAUGAGGACAUGCCAGUGGAAACACUGAGACAACGUCUGAAGCUCCUGACCGGGGAGAAAUCUGACCUCCAGAGUCAGCUAAUGGAUUGUCAUCUUCAAGUUGAACAAGAAGGAAAGGCUUUUCAUAAAACCAAUGAUGAGAGGCGGGCAUACCUGUCAGAAAUUGCUAAGCUGUCAUCUACCCAUGAAGCUCAAAGAAGACAGUACUUUGCACAGCCACAGAGGGCACCAGAGAGCAAACAAAUGAGAGGGAAGCAGACUGGCAGGAAGGCAGAGGCUGAUUCUAAGAAAGGAAAAGAGGGAGGAGAAGAAGAUGGUGGCGAGGCCUUUGUGAAAGAAAGAGGAGGAGGUGAUGGUGGAAGAAUAGCAGAGAGAAAAGGAGAGAAGAAAUUACAAAGGAAAAGCAGGUUACCCACGCUUAAGCACAACCCGAAGCACGAUCCGUAA